CCACGCUUAAUAGACUGAGCCACCCAGGCGCCCCUCCCUAUUUUUCAACCAUUACUUUGGAGAUAUUUCCAUAUCACAAACACAUGAAUCCCCAUCAUUCCUUUUUCCUGCUGCAUAGUAUUCCAUCACCUAGUAGCGUCACAAUUUAUUAUGGACAUUUGGAUCUUAUUCAUGGACAUUUGGAACUUAAGUAAUUAGGAAAUUUUUAAAACCUAAAAGGUCAACCAGACUUGAGACCAAAUGCAAAGUUUUCACAGACUCAAGACUUGUCUAGGGCAUAUCUUUUGACCAGAAGGGGGAAGGCAAGAGACAGGAGGAGAGGCAAAACGCUAGGAAAUAUCCCUGGCCAAUGGGGAAGCAGUGGGGCCGACAGGGAAUUACUGCCGGGUAGGAGCUCCCGGAGGGGCGCCCUACUGCUGGAGCAGGAGGCCGAGCUCCAAAGCCAAGCUUUCCUUAGGCUGCCGCUCAGAUACACCGAAGUGUUUCGGGGGUUAUGCGUGAUGCAGUGAUGCGUAGCCACCUCCGGCCUCCUGCGGGGACCCCCGGUGGGGGCAGGGUCUGAACCCGCAACGCUUCCAGCCCACGCUCGCAGGGGGCGCACACGUGGUGACCUGCCCGCGGCCCGGUUCCCAGCUCCGGCUCCUCCUCCCUCCAGAUCUCGCUCUGUUCUCUGCAGUAUCACGUGCAGCCGCGCCGGGUGCAGGAUGGCGGCUGCGGCAACAGCGGUGGGUGUCAGGCUCCGGGACUGCUGCAGCCGAGGCGCUGUGCUCCUGCUCUUCUUCUCCCUGUCCCCUCAGCCCCCGGCCGCCGCCGCUUGGCUGCUGGGCCUGCGGCCCGAGGACACCGCUGGAGGCCGCGUGUCCCUGGAAGGGGGCACCCUGCGCGCAGCGGAAGGCACCAGCUUCCUCCUGCGAGUCUAUUUCCAGCCCGGGCCAGCGGCGCCCGCGGCGCCGGUGCCCGCACCCACCCUUUCCCCAGGAGAGAACGGCACCGGCGACUGGGCUCCGCGGCUCGUGUUCAUCGAGGAGCCCCCGGGAGGUAGCGGCGUGGCGCCCAGUGCUGUCCCCACGCGCCCCCCGGGGCCGCAGCGCUGCCGCGAGCAGAGCGACUGGGCGUCCGACGUGGAGGUCCUGGGUCCCCUGCGCCCCGGAGGCGUGGCGGGUUCGGCUUUAGUCCAGGUGCGGGUGCGGGAGCUGCGCAAGGGCGAGGCAGAGAAGGGCGGCGCGGGCGGUGGCGGGAAGCUCUUCUCGCUGUGCGCCUGGGACGGGCGCGCCUGGCACCACCACGGCGCAGCCGGCGGCUUCCUGCUGCGCGUCCGCCCGCGGCUGUACGGUCCUGGCGGGGACCUGCUGCCGCCCGCGUGGCUUCGGGCGCUCGGGGCGCUCUUGCUGCUCGCCCUGUCUGCCCUAUUCAGCGGCCUGCGCCUGAGCCUGCUCUCGCUGGACCCGGUGGAGUUACGGGUGCUGCGGAACAGUGGCUCGGCCGCAGAGCAGGAGCAGGCGCGCCGCGUGCAGGCCGUGCGCGGCAGGGGGACCCAUCUGCUCUGCACCCUGCUCCUGGGCCAAGCCGGAGCCAACGCUGCCCUGGCCGGCUGGCUGUACGCCUCGCUGCCGCCGGGCGUCGGGGGCACUGGCGAAGAUGACGGCGAGGCAGGGAUUCACUUCCCGUGGCUGCCGGCGCUGGUGUGCACCGGCGCCGUGUUUCUGGGCGCCGAGAUCUGCCCCUACUCGGUGUGUUCGCGGCACGGGCUGGCCAUCGCCUCGCACAGCGUGUGCCUGACCCGACUCCUGAUGGCGGCCGCCUUCCCCGUGUGCUACCCGCUGGGCCGCCUGCUGGACUGGGCACUGCGACAGGAGAUCAGCACCUUCUACACGCGGGAGAAGCUGCUGGAGACGCUACGGGCCGCGGACCCCUACAGCGACCUGGUGAAGGAGGAGCUCAACAUCAUCCAGGGCGCCUUGGAGCUGCGCACCAAGGUGGUGGAAGAGGUGCUGACCCCCCUCGGGGACUGCUUCAUGCUGCGCUCCGACGCCGUCCUCGACUUCGCCACGGUCUCGGAGAUUCUGCGCAGCGGCUACACUCGCAUCCCCGUGUACGAGGGCGAUCAGCGGCACAACAUUGUGGACAUUCUGUUUGUCAAAGACUUGGCCUUCGUGGACCCCGACGACUGCACGCCGCUGCUCACCGUCACUCGCUUCUACAACCGGCCCCUGCACUGCGUCUUCAAUGACACCCGGCUGGACACGGUGCUGGAGGAGUUUAAAAAGGGAAAAUCUCACCUGGCCAUUGUCCAGCGGGUGAACAACGAGGGAGAAGGAGACCCCUUCUAUGAGGUGAUGGGCAUUGUUACCCUGGAGGACAUCAUAGAGGAGAUCAUUAAGUCAGAGAUCCUGGAUGAAACUGACCUCUACACCGACAACCGGAAAAAGCAGAGGGUCCCACACCGGGAGAGGAAGCGGCACGACUUCUCCCUGUUCAAGCUUUCCGACUCGGAGAUGAGGGUGAAGAUCUCCCCACAGCUUCUGCUGGCCACACACCGCUUCAUGGCCACAGAAGUGGAGCCCUUUAAAUCUCUGUACCUUUCGGAGAAGAUCCUGCUCCGGCUCCUGAAACAUCCCAAUGUGAUCCAGGAGCUGAAGUUUGACGAGAAGAAUAAGAAAGCCCCAGAACACUACCUCUACCAGCGCAACCGCCCCGUGGACUACUUUGUGCUGCUCCUGCAGGGUAAAGUAGAAGUGGAGGUUGGGAAGGAAGGCCUUCGUUUCGAGAAUGGAGCCUUCACCUACUAUGGUGUCCCAGCCGUCAUGACUACUGCUUGCUCAGAUAACGAUGUGCGGAAGGUUGGAAGUCUGGCUGGAUCCUCGGUCUUUUUGCCCGUCUCUGUGUCUCGUACCUUCGCCUUCAGCAGAGGGGACUCUCUGGCGGGCUCCCCAGUAAACCGGUCCCCUUCUCGCUGCAGCGGGUUGAACCGCUCCGAGUCUCCAAACCGUGAGCGCAGUGACUUUGGGGGGAGCAACACCCAGCUGUGCAGCAGCAGCAACAACCUCUACACUCCUGACUACUCAGUGCACAUCCUCAGCGAUGUGCAGUUUGUGAAGAUCACACGACAGCAGUACCAGAAUGCACUGACCGCCUGCCGCAUGGACAGCUCACCCCAGUCCCCUGACAUGGAGGCCUUCGCUGACGGAGACGCCACCAAAGCCCCUGCGACCCGGGGUACCCCCCAGACCCCCAAGGAUGACCGUGCCAUCACCCUCCUGAGCAACAGGAACAGCCUGCCCUGCAGCCGCUCAGAUGGGCUGAGAAGCGCUGGCGAGGUCGUGGACCUGAGGAUGGAGGAGAUGGCCUUCGCCCAGGAGGACGUGAGGGGCCUCGAGGAGCGGAGCACACAGCAGCUCUUGCUGUCUUCUGCAGCCGUUCCCACCACAGCAGCAUCAGAUAGUGAAUGCUGUAAUAUCAACCUGGACACAGAGACCAGCCCCUGCAGUAGCGACUUUGAGGAAACCUUGGGCAAGAAGCUGCUGAGAACCUUGAGUGGUCGAAAACAGAAGAGGUCACCCGAUGGAGAGAGAGCCUCUGAGGAGAACUCCAAUUUAAUGCCUCUGAUCACAUGAUGGGGCAGACAGUGCUUGCUGGGUAUGUGAGAUUCAGCGUUGAGGGAGAACCCACCCUCCCAUCUUCUGCGUCUCCCGAGGCCUCCCACAGGUGACAGAGCAUUCUGCUUUCCUUACCACCUCCUCAACCCUCGCUGUCAGUUUGGCAGAUUUCCCCUUGUUGCCUCCAGUUUGACUCAGAGCCUUGCUGUGGCCAUUAUGGAUGGAGGUGCCUCCCAUGGAACAUGCUAGAAAUGGUCUUCUCCACAGUACAAUCCGGGACUGGAGAAGAAAUGACCCCAAGCCGACAAUGCCACUUUGGGCCCCUGACCCCCUUUUUGUUCUUUGGGAUCCCCUGAUGCCAUAUUUCAUGCUUCGCUCAGCUCAGAAGGCGCCUCGGACAGGCACAGAGGCCGUGGGGUGGCAGGUGUCAAGGUUAGUGCAGGAGAUUCACUGAGACUGCCUCCAGGACUUUGAGGCAGUGGGACCCAGCUGCGUUGGCAUGGGAUGGUACAGAACAGAAAACUGUUGGUGACCGGUUUCCUGUUAGAUAAGGGUUCUAGCAGCCAGGGAAGUGUGUCUCGGCUGGCAUGGGAAGACCGUGAGAUGGAACCUCAAGUCACCGUUUUUUCCCAGGGACACAUCUUUCUGGCUCCUGAUCAGCAGUUCUCGAUCCAACGAUAAAUCUGCUCUGGAAGAGGAGGAGCAGAGAGCAGAGACCCAGUUGGGAGCCAGAGAUGGAACUUCAGGUUUUAAGUUGAAAUCAAAGCAAGCAAACAAACAAAAACUUACGUAGAAAAAUUCUAAGCUGUUAAAGCAAGUUUAGCCAUGACAAACCAAAGAGUGCCCAGGUCAGCCAAGAAGGAUGCAAGCUCUCGUGGGACUUCAGUGUCCAUUACACAGGGACACUGAAGAAUCGCCCUUCUUUUUCAUCUGGUCCCGCCACACUACCCCUCCCCUUACUCCUCCUCCCCAGCAGGUCAGCUAAGUGUACUUCAGUCCAUGAACUUCUAGGUCUUUUUUCACCUGCAUGUUGGAGCAGAUGCAAUUCCAAGUAUGGCCACCAGAUGGCAGAAUGACUCCAUACCUGCUUCGAGAAUAAACUUCAGAUCACUAAACCACAUAACCAACCAACCUUCAGGAAAAUGUGGGAGUAAGUGAAGGUUGUCUUUGGGACACCUGUCUCCCUUUCUGUCUCCCAUCUCUUGAGUUCCGUCUGUCAGGGAUCCAGUGAUCCCAUUCUGCCUGCUCAAUCUCCAAACCAUUCCCAAAACCUUUCACUGGGAUAUUCUAUUCCAGGCUUACCUUGCUUUACCCCCAAAGCAUUAAUCUCACACCCCCACACCCAUUCAUUCAAUAAUCACAAGGGGAGAGGGGGAGACUGAUAAUUCCUCUGGGUCAUUUGCAUCUCGAAAGAAAAUGCUAACCCAAAGGAACCUUUAACUCAGGGGUUCUUAAUUUGGGGGUCAGUCACCCCAGGUGGGUCCAUUAUUGGACUUCAGAGGGUCUGUGAAACCCCUCAUACUGUCAGAGUUUAGUGUAUGUGUUCUUAUAUGUGUUGUCCAGAGGGCUAAAGCUUUCAGAAGAUUCUCAAAGGUCUCAGACUCACAAAGUGUUAAAAAACCACUAUUUUAGCUAGUGGAACUUUUCAGCCCAAAGUUUCUGCAAUGCAGAGUGAAGUGACUAGGGGGCAGUUCGAGACAGACUUUGAGAGACAGGCGGUCUUCUGUCAUACCGAUGGGGAAAGCUGACACCCGCCAGGAAGUGAAGGGCUUCAGAAAUCCUUGGCAUACCCCAGGGUGUGUUACCAUACCCCCACGUAACUUUGUCCCCUCUUCCCCACCAAACCAGAGCAGGUGUCGCAGAUGGGAGGGCCGCAGCACGUGGAAGGAAAGACUUUCCAGCUGGAGAUGCUCUUUCCAGCAAUGGAUGAUUGACUUCCUCCCCCUUGCCUGGUUCUGCCUGAGGCUCAGCAGUGCAUGACCCCUUGAGAAGCCCACAGCUGCCACCCAUCCCCAACACCUACUCCUGCCUCCUAGGAAGAGGCCAAGUGUCAGCCCUCCGUGCUGGGCACCUGAGACCCAAACCAGCCAACAGUGAGUUUCAAGCAAGAACUGUCAUCAUGCAGUCUUCUUGCCCGGCUGGCCACUGGUCCAAUGGGGCCCGCCUGGCUAGUCUCCCUUUCAUUAUCCCUCAGGCCACGGGGCUCAGGCCACUGCUGUUGUGUUACAUCCAUCCCUUUGCAAAAUCCCAAAGGAGCCUGUCACCACUCCCCUCCCUAUUCCCUGCUCCGUUCCCCGAGAUUUUCUUCAGGUUAAAAAAAAAAAAAAUUUUAAAAUAAAGCAUUUAUGAAGGCUUAAUAAAUUGUAAAUAAUUUUUUAAAUAAAAUGAGAAUG